GGUAGUGUGCCUGGUGUAGAGUACAACAUUUUUAUUGUUUUUUUACUCCCUUUUUUGUGAACCAAAAAACUUUUCAUUAUCUUUUUUCAUUACCUUUCUUGCGCAUAUUGAACGCAUAUUGAAAAUCUGACAUACCAAAGAGGAAUAUAGAAGCUCACACUGUCAGUAUCCCCAGUAUCCCUUCUUUAUCCAACAAGCCCAAGUAAAAAAAGGAACCUAAUACUCUCUAUUCUUGUACUUCACACACCUACUUUUUAUACCUUAUUCCUUGCUUCUACAAAAAAAUCACCAUCUUCAGCACUAUACCCGCAAAUUUUGAUUUCUCACCUCGUUUUUACUCUUACUUUUUUAAUUUACACGGUCAGCAGACGUUUUGACUCCACACUAUAAUGGCGACUUUAUCAGCAGGUGCGGCCAGUACACCACAGUCAGUAGUACACUCAGUCAGAAACAGCAUGGACAACACAGACAGAGCAUUCGCGUCCCGACUAACACGGUGUCGACAAUGGCUUCAUCUGCGGCGCAACGUGCAAUACACAGGAGGCAGUGGGUGCCCAGAUAUCUACGACACAAGCAUUGGACUGCCCUCGCCAACAUCAACAACGGUAAUGAGUGAAUGCUUCAGUACAGGAGAGCCAUUUAGCAGCGGCGACGCUAGCUCGCCCGCGUCUACAGCAUUUGUGGACGGUGAUAUUGGGUACCAGCAGGCAAAUGGUGCGCAGCCGUUCCAUGUUAUGCACGCACGGUGGAGUGGGUGUCUGGCACAGACGCUGAGCAGCCGGCAGUCAGUUCGCAGUGCCCGGCGCGUGAACACGCUGCGGAGUCGCAGCAGCGCAGUACGAGAGGAGGGGGCGGCGGCAGCAGCUCAUGCACAUUGCUUGCGCACAGCAGGACAGUCUUCACAUCCUGGAAGCGGGGGCUCAGUAUGCAGCUUGGCAUUUGCAGGGCAUCCGGGCGAUGCGGCUACCAAUAUUGUGCCUUUGGCUUCGAGUGCUAUUGCGGAGGGUGCUGCUGUGGAGAUAUUGCCUAUGCCCACAUUGUCAGAGGAACACAGCAACGACAGUGGCAGCUGGGAGUGCGCGUGCGUCGAGUGCGCAGAGGCGGUCAAUGGAGAUGGCAGCAGAAGUAGCAGCAGCGAUAUUAUUCCAGAGCGGCGGUCAUCAUUAGUGUACAAUGACACGCCAUAUAUGGCGGUCGACGACCAUGCGGCGUUCCCGCAGCAUUACCUGCAUGCGCAGCCGCAUAUGAUGUGCCGGGACCACUACCAUACGGUCAGUGGCGACUACUCAGCCGCUGACAGCGAGUAUGCAGAGUACAGCCGCUCAUCGCUGCCGCCCAACACCAACGUACACAUUAUGGCGCCCGAAGUACCCGAGCACCCGCCGGCCGCGACACCAGAUUCCGCUACAAGUGGCUUACAGUCAGCGACUAUUCCGAGCGCCUCAGUCAUUGCACACAUUUUUUCAAUAGGCGAGCCCACGCAGCAGCCUGGCCACAAGGGCAUUUCGCGCGCGAGCCGGUUGACACGCCGCAUCCGCGGCCUGGUCUCCCGCAAAAUAAAACCGGAUACUGUGUGGCGCCGCCAGGCACGUGCCUGCUCUGAGGCCCUUCUCGACGCUCUGGCAGCCGAGUCCACAUUUGCCUCGUCUAUCCGCGUGCUCUCGCGCACUCGCAGCAGCACACAAUCGCCCUCGUUCUGCUUGCGCGCAGACCGCGUGCACCUGAACCAAUCGCGGCUCCUCCGCUGCAUACACGUGCUUUUUGUGCUUCAAGUGCCUGCAGAGGAGCGUCGCUCGCGCCACUAUCGUUUUUACUUGCCUGAGGAUGACCAGUUGGAGCUGGACCGCGGAUUCAGCGAGAGCGUCUUGUUUGCUGCCCAGGCAUUGGCUCGCGGAUACCAGAUUCGCGGAACUGAAUUACAGACGCAGGCGCUGCGCGAACCUGCAUGGCUUUUGUGCUCCGUGUGGGCAGCCAUCAGGCACGUCAUAUAUUCGCGCGGCGGCGAGCUGUGGUCGGCGUGGAACAGUGGGCCGGAGCAGGGCCAUGAGGAGGAGUUUCAGGCCUUGAAGCGCGUCUUGCUUGAUUUUGACGAAGCUUGGGUGCGCUUUGAGCGGGACUUGUGCUUUGCCUACUUUGGCUUGGGGAACGCGCAGCUUGUCAAUAUGCUGGGUGACUCAGAGGAUGACGAGGGCCGCGUUGCGCAGGAGGAGGAGUUUUCUUUGCUCGUUGUACUGCUAUCCGAGACGCUGCAGAGGUGCCGAACCCUUGAGCUGGUCACGGAGGAACAGAUUGAGGCUAUGGACCCGCAGUUCAUCCUGGCGCUUCCGCGCCUUGCCAUUAUUCAUGCGAUUGGACGUGGCGGUGUCGAGGGCCUCUGCUUUGUUGAGUCGGAGGACGGCCACCAGCAGGCCGGCACAUCCGACCACGCUGCGGUGUUUUGGUGGUUCCGUGAGUACGCUGAGCAGUGCCGCCGCAUCAGCGACACGCUCGCUCGCUGGCCAGACGGCCUCUUCAAUGUGCUUCAAAUGGUGCUUGUCGCUGAAGAGGCUGAUGUUGCGCUGGCUGGGGCCGAAGACAUCCUGAGUGAUAUGCUGCAGGUGGCUGCCGAGCUUGAUUCCCAGCGCGUGACCGCUGAUCUCGAGUCCAUGAUUGACGGCCCGCGGUCUGCUCGCUCCAUGUCCAUCGACUGCAUAUCCUCUAUUUGCGCGCCGCCAUUGCUGUGCACUGGUCGUGCGCAUGCCAAAUCCCUCAGUGCUGAUCCUGAUUUUGACGAGUGUCUUUCGGCCCGUCUCCACGCUGCAUACGCCGCCGCCCCGCCCUCACCUAUGAUGCUCACUCCGCCGGACUCGCUGCAACUUUACGCUUCGACGUCCGUGUCUGGCGAGCUUGUUGGGUCACCGUCUUUCCCUACGAGUGGGUCAUCAGCUAAAAUGAGCUGGCCCAGGCCCCUGUCACCGGUGGCAGCCGGAAAGUCGCUGCCUGGCGCAUCUUUUGGAGUGAGGGGGAUGGACGUUAGGGCUGCGAGGGUCGCGAAGGAGGGUGAGAGGAGGGCAAAGUUGGACGAGUUGAUGGCGGAUGCUAAGCAGAUAUACGUCGAUGUGUGCACUGUGUCAGAUUCUCUGCAUAGCGGCCCUUUUGCCCGGCCAUUUAGGGUUGCUUUGGAGAUGGUAUUCCGCAUGAACACCGAGGAAUGAGUGCUUUUUAAAUUUAUUUUAUUAUUUCAUUUUAUUAUUUUACUUGCUAUUGUUGCAAGAGCCGAGUGCCAAGGCUUGUUUUGCUCAAAUUAUUCGGGCGGAUAAGUGUUUUUCCGGUAGACUUUAUUGCGGAAACUUACAACGUAAAGCAGACUUUAGACAGUUGUUUAUUUCACAUAUUUCGGGUAUUUCUUAUGUUUUACUCGUGUCAUUUGACUUAAUCGCGUGCUUGCCACAGUCCAUUUCUGGGGACUAUAGUUUACUUAUUCGACAUUUUUUGGUCAUAU